UCUGUGGCGAUAAUAAGUCUGAACUUAGUUUCCAAGCAAAAUGAAGUUUUUAAUCCAAGUUUUUGUCGCAAUUGCGUUUUUUAUUAGUGGUUACCACUGCAAUCUAUGCGGUCCUGAUGGAGAAACACUGGUUGUUCCAAAUGUCGAUACCAUUUUCAAGUCUCCUCAAACUUACACAAUUCAACCGAAUAAUUUAGUUGUCGUUUUCAAUCAAUACAAAUCGACAUUUGAUGGCGUAAAAAAAAUAUUGAACGCCAUAAAACUAGAUGACAAUGCAAGGCGAAUUCUUAUGCUAUUCAAGGCCAGCACAAUUCAAUUCGACAUUUGGACAGAAGAUAUUUCCAAACUAGACGAGUCCAAUAGAAAUUAUGUCUCGAAAAUUUAUCAAACGUAUAAAAAUUUCAUGAGAGAUUAUAAGGAAAAAAUCGAGCUUUUCGACCACAAUCAAAUGAGUGAAUUGGGAAAAAAUUUACGUGAAGAUGAAAUUGCCGCAACGAACCAACUGAAUUAUAUAGACAAAGUCGCAAAUAAAAUACACGAAGAAAUGGCAAAGCGUAAAACUCAAAUGGAACAAAUCGGAGUUCAUAUUAAACAUGGAAAGCCUUCGGCGCCUGCUCUGCAUCAAAUUCUAAACGAAAUAAAAUCAAAAUUCUCAUUUGUCUCUGGCACUAUGCUUGAUAUUGAACAAAACAUCGCACAACUUCAAAUUAAACGAAAUAAUUUGCGAAAAAUCGAGAAAAAUUUAAAAUUAAACAUUUCAUUAUAUUACCUGUUGUCUGGCAUUAUGCGAAGAACUAAAGCUGAACUGGAACAUCUCUAAAAUUGAUAUCGAAUCGAGGGGGAAAUCACUCAAGAACCUACUUUUACAACUAAAUUACAAUUACAUUUUUCCAAAAAAAAAAUCUUGAUUUGCAAUUGCUUUUUUAUGAAAAGUAAUAAUUUGGAGAAAAAUUGACGAAAUUAUUUCCCAUUUAAAAGUAAUUUCAAACUUAAAACUAAUUUUUGAAAAAAGUACUGGAAAAAGUAUUUUUUUGGAGCGAUUUUCUCCUCGUAUCACGCAGAUUGCUUUAUAAAAUGAAUUACAUUAACAUAAAAGAAAAACGCUGGAACAUUUCAAUUUAUUUUCACUUUUGACACAAAUGUUCAAUAAAAAUAAAU